AUGGAAAAUGCUGUUCUCUUGGUUUCUCUUUCCCUCCUAUUCAACAUCAUCAUAUUCUUUGCUUCACCAACAAACGCCAUCUCCUCCUACAAUGGCCCAUGUCGAACCCUGAAUGACUGCGAGGACCAGCUCAUUUGCAUUAAAGGCAAGUGCAACGAUGACCCAGAUUUCUUUUACAUUGGCACCAACAUGUGUGGUGGAUGCGGCGGAGAAUGCAAGCCUUCUGGUUUCCUCAAAUGCAAAGGCGAAAACAAACCUCUAUAUAAAUGUUCACCACCAGUGACAUCCUCCACAAAAGCUAUUUUGACUUUAAAUGACGGUGAAGGAGGAGCACCAUCAGAGUGCGAUGAGCAGUACCAUGACAACUCAGAGCGUGUGGUGGCGCUUUCCACUGGAUCGUAUAACGGGGAAUCAAGGUGUGGGAAGAUGAUAAAGAUUACUGCUAGUAAUGGGAGGAGCACGACGGCUAAGGUGGUGGACGAAUGCGACUCUAUGCAUGGAUGUAAGAGUGAGCAUGCAGGGCUGCCGCCGUGUGACAACAAUAUUGUUGACGGGUCCGAUGUUGUGUGAGAAGCUUUGGGUUUGAAUAAGGACCUAAGUAUAGUGGAUGUUACAUGGUCUAUGGCAU